AUGGCAGCCCUGCAGGAGAAGAAGUCAUGCAGCCAGCGCAUGGCCGAAUUCCGGCACUACUGUUGGAACCCGGACACUGGGCAAAUGCUGGGCCGCACCCCAGCCCGGUGGGGGGUAACCUUGAGACCGGACGUGUAUGGGGAAAGAGGGCUGCAGAUUUCCUACAAUGUCUCUGAAAACAGUUCCUGGGCUGGCCUCACACACACCCUGCACAGCUUCUUAGCAGGCUACACCCCAGCAUCCCAGCAGGACAGCAUCAACUGUACAUCUGAAAAGUACUUCUUCCAGGAGAGCUUUGCAGCUCCAAACCACACCAAGUUCUCCUGCAAGUUCACUGCAGACAUGUUACAAAACUGCUCAGGCCUGCUGGACCCCAGCUUCGGCUUCGAGGAGGGGAAGCCCUGCUUCAUUAUUAAAAUGAACAGGAUUGUCAAGUUCCUCCCCAGCAACAACACAGCUCCCCGAGUGGACUGCACCUUCCAGGAUGAUCCUCAAAAGCCCCGGAAGGACACUGAACCCCUGCAGGUCGAGUACUACCCCCCCAACGGCACCUUCAGUCUCCACUAUUUCCCCUACUAUGGCAAGAAAGCACAGCCCCACUACAGCAACCCUCUGGUGGCAGCCAAGCUCCUCAAUGUCCCCAAGAACAUGCAAGUCAACAUUGUGUGCAAGAUCCUGGCAGACCACGUGAUCUUCAACAAUCCCCAUGACCCCUAUGAAGGGAAGGUGGAGUUCAAACUUACAAUACAGAAGUAA